AUGGAAAUAAUGAGGCGCGGCCGAGUUAUCCUGCAGAGGAGAGCCCUCCCCCACGGGUCUUCAACUUCAAUCGGCGGGGCUUCCCGGGCCCAUCCUCCGCCCCGACCUGCUCGGCGAGGGUCUUCUGUUGUCCUCCCUGCUCCCUUGGCUUGCCCCACUCGCCUACGCACUGCACGUCCCCCUCGGCCAGCCGCUCCUGCUCGCCCCCGAGCUACUCGUCCACCUCGGCCGGCCGCCCCUGCUUGCCCCCGGGUUGCUCGUCCACCUAAGCCUACUGCCUUGACACUUCUCCACACGGUUAGUUCCCCUAGAGCCACUUAUAUCCCUGGUCGGGGUCUCGGUGAAAGACUUAUGGGCCUUGGUGGAGGAACAGGCAACAUUUCCUUCGCCAGCCCCGCUUUCAGAGAGGCUUCUCAAGCUGCCCGUCGGGCCCGUGCCAUAAAUGAACGCCUGAGCCAGGAUACCCCUUCUCCCUCUAGACGCAGGGCUCGGUCGCCCUCAGAUGACCAGCCGCUGGCUCAGAGAUGUCGGCGCCGAGCCCCUCGUCCAGUGUCCGACUCAGGCCCGUCGUCUACCCCUUCUCCUCCUCCAAAUGUAGCUGCCUCUCAUCCGCCUCCGAUCCCCAGCCCUGUAAAUAAUCCCCCUAUUUCGUCUGAUACCCAGGUUGAACCCCAACUGGCUCCUCCUUUCACAUUGCAGCAAACUCAGGGCGAUGAAGCUGGCCCCUCUGCUCCUCCUAGCUCAACCGCGGGUCCCUCAGACCCAUCCCAGCUUACUUAUCACAGUUAUUGUACUAGUAUCCCUUCUGAGGGGAGGUUACGGUCCCGAACAGACGUUCCCACCAGCUACCUCAAUAUGAAAGGUCGUCUGACCUCUGUAUGGGAAGAAAGCAUGCAGCAUAUGGACUCUUUGCCUCCCCCGGCCCAGAUGGACAAAUUCGCAUAG